AUAACUUCAGCCUCUCCUUGUGUGGUAGAUGAGUAACCUGGACAGUGGACAAAGUCAUUGUUAAUGUUAACAGUUAGGACACAUCCACUGAGAUGCGUAUCGUUCGGUCAAAGCAGUUGAUGUUUUUCACAGCCCUUUGCUGUGUUCUCGUUGGAAUACUGGUUUAUUUUUCCAGGUGGCAAUCCGACUUCAACAGGCAGCCACCAUCUGAUGACAGAAUACUAAAGCAGUACUCUCUGGACUGGCCUGGCUGCUCAGCUGUCAUCACAGGAGACAUAGAAGGUAAAAAAUCUGACUUAGAAGUGCUUUUGGUCUCAAGGAGACGAUCGCUGUUAUCAGAAAAGUUCUACCUGAACAUCACAAAAGACUGUGAGAGUUACACUGAAAACAGAGGAUUCAUUAUGGAGCCUCUGAGUGCUGAGGAGAAGGAUUUUCCGAUUGCCUACUCCAUGGUGAUCCACGAGAAGAUUGAGAUGUUUGAGCGUCUUCUGCGAGCGGUUUACGCUCCUCAGAACAUCUACUGUGUCCACGUGGACCAGAAAUCAACUGAGGAUUUCAAGAAUGCUGUAAAGGCGAUUAUUUCCUGUUUCCCCAAUGUGUUUAUGGCCAGUAAAUUAGAAACUGUGGUGUACACCUCAUGGUCUCGAGUGCAGGCAGACCUGAACUGCAUGAAAGACCUGAUGGCUUCACACGUCCAGUGGACAUACCUGCUCAACACCUGUGGAACAGACUUCCCCAUCAAAACCAACAGAGAAAUGGUUCAAGUGCUGAAGGCCCUCAAAGGAAGAAACAGCAUGGAGUCUCAGGUUACCAACAACCACAAGAAAGCCCGUUGGCGGUAUCAUUACAUUGUUACUAAUACCAAUACCGUCAUCAGGACAGACGAGAAGAAAAGUCCCCCUCCGAUCAGCAGCCCAAUGUUCUCAGGAAACGCCUACAUUGUUGUGACCAGAGACUUUGUGAGACAUGUGGUGGAGGACAAAGAGGUCCAGAAGUUUGUGGAGUGGGAGAAGGACACAUUCUCUGCUGAUGAACACUUGUGGGCGACUCUACAGAGGAUGUACCCGGAUGUACCUGGAUCCACGCCAACACACAUUAAGUAUGAUACAUCAGACAUGUUUGCUAUUGCCCGUUUGGUGAAGUGGGAAGAAUUAGCAGGUGAUGUGAAACGUGGAGCGGCGUAUCCUCCGUGCACAGGGACCUACAGAAAAAAUGUUUGUGUUUUCGGGCUUGGUGACCUCCCCUGGAUCCUAAAACAACACCACUUGUUUGCAAAUAAGUUUGAUCCAGAAGUUGAUGAUAUUGCUAUUAGAUGUCUGGAAUCAUUCCUGCGUUUUAAAGCUCUAAGGCAGGAAUGAAAGACAACCGGAAACUUGGAUAAUUGUUAAAUGUUUUUUUCCUCUAAAUGUACUGUAGGCUAUAAUGUACUGAGAACAGGUAGAUAAUGGAACUCCUGUUUCUGCUGUGGAUAUUGAUAGAAAUUCUGUAUUGAUGAUUUCUCUGCAAU